CAAGAUUACAACAACAUUCUCCUCAAAGUUGAGGAUACUUUUGUUUUCAGAUGAUGAAGUUUGUGAGUUGUAGUGGGGUUGAAGAAGUCGCGGAGGCAGGCUAAACGCGGAGAAAGCAUGAAAUCGUUAGCGACGUUACACUGUCUGGCAGGGGCGCUAGCCCUGUGGCUGCACUCCAGAUUUGGGACGACCACGACAUACGACCUGCAUAUCUGCAUGGUCUAGUGUCUCGUGACACGGCGCAGAAACCUCACAUGUAAGAAACCUUCAAUCUGUACCUUUGCGAGUACCUCUCCCUUCAUCCUCUUCUCUCCCCCAUUUCCGAAGCAUCCGCCAUGAAAACCACAGCUCUCCAGAGAUGGCGAAAGCCGAAUUCCAAGGCAGUGGAGAAGCUCUGCGAGCUGCUGAGGGCAUACUUAUUCCUGCAGCCUGUGAUCUGGUUUCUGCAGCUUUACGACGACCAUUGGACGCACAGGUUCAGACUAGAACCAGACAUCCAUAACCUCACACGCCUGGCGCGAGGAGAGAACCCGCUGCAUGCCCCCAUUCCCCUGCCUCGAAAGCGAAAACGCGCGUUGACGAAUCCCCUACCUCCGGUCGAGAGGAGUCGAGACCUAUCAUACAGCGUGCGAUAUAGUGUGCGGCGGGCGCGGCAGCGGACGGAGGAGCAGGGCAAAUGUCUGUUUUUGGAAAGGCUGCCGAUUGAGUUGCGGGAGCUGGUAUACGAGGAGGUUCUUGCGGGGGGCGGGAGAAAGCUGGUGCAUAUCCUGCGGAAGAGGGGACGCCUUGGCCAUUGGAGAUGUAGGAUUCAAGAUGGGGACGAGACAUGUGGUGAGCAGAGCCAGAAGUGUGUGGAGGGGUGGUUAGAGUAUAAGAGGAAACUUUGGCAUUGGGAUAAGCAAGGGCGGGUGGAUUUGCGGACGGAUGCGGGAUUACUGAACUUGAUCUUGACUUGCAGGAGUGUGUAAGUGUUGCUUCAAGGAGGUUUGAAGAUGAGAGUUGACGAGAGCCAGGUAUUCAGAGGCAAUCCCGAUAUUGUACUCCAGGAACAUCUUCCAUUUCUACGACCCAGGCGAUAUCCGACAUUUCUCCCGCUCCAUACUGCCCCAACGAUUGAAUGCCGUGCACUCUAUCCUGAUCGACUGGGAGCGCGCCUUCAGCAUCUUC